AUGUCCCCUGCCCUGCUCAACCUUUAUUUAGAUGACUUAGGUCGUGAACUAAAUAAGCUUGGAUGUGGUUAUCAGGUUGGUGCUAAAACUGUUAAUAAUUUAAGCUAUGCAGACGACAUGUGCCUCAUUGCGCCCUCUAUCAAAGGCUUGCGCAAACUUUUGCAUACAUGUGACCAUUCUCGCAGCGAUACGACAACGAGCAGUGUACGUUCAACUUUUGACCACUACGACACCGACGGGGAUGGAUUUAUCACUAUAAGUCAGCUCAAAGACGGACUACGGCGACGUGACAUCGAUUUUACCGAGGAGGACGUUUACUUUUUCAUGAGGGAGGCCGAUAUCGACCGAGACAGUAGAAUCGAUUUCAAUGAGUUCACCGUAUACUGGAUCGGCAUCCAACGGCUCGCUGCACCCCGACGAAAAUCAGCUGCAAAGAAUGUGCUCUUCCCAAAGAAAGAAACAUGUCCAAACGUUAACACUCUUCGAAGUGAAUUUGCCGAACUGGACGCAGACGGUAACGGGUACAUUACGCUAAAUGAACUCAAGCUUGCGCUGGUCAAGAAAACUGGGACGUAUACCGACGAGGAAGUGUACAGCAUGAUGGUAGAAGCGGACGAGGAUGGAGACGGCAGAAUCAGUUUUGACGAGUUUGUGGUUAUGAUGGUUAAAGCUUACUGGGAACACUAA